AUGGAGAUCGCGCUGGUGACUCUGGAGAACGGCGGCACCACGGCCAUCGCGGGCGGCGACGAUGCCGCGGCCGCCGGCGGCCGGGCGCGCUGGCGGGGCAACUCGCUGCACCUCGGCUCGCCGCAGCUGAGCGACGGCAAGGAGAGCUCGGCGCCCCGGGAGAGCUCGGCGCCCCGGGAGAGCUCGGCGCCGGAGCAGCGGGAGCGGCCCCCGCGGGGUCCCCGCGCAGCAGGCGGCCCCGAGGAGCGGCCGGCCGAGCCCCGCGCAGCCCCCGCGCCGCCGCCGCGGCCGCCGCCCCGCGCCCCGCGGCCCGCCGCCGAGAUGGGGCCGGCCGAGGAGGGGGGACACCGCCGGGGCAUGGCCAUGGCGGCGCCGGGCGACGACGAGGAGGAGGCGGCGGCGGCGGCCAACUCGGGCGCCAUGCACCACCAGCGGGUGCUGAUCAACAUCUCGGGGCUGCGCUUCGAGACGCAGCUGGGCACCCUCAACCAGUUCCCGGACACGCUGCUGGGCGACCCCGACAAGCGCAUUCGCUACUUCGACCCGCUCCGCAACGAGUACUUCUUCGACCGCAACCGGCCCAGCUUCGACGGCAUCCUCUACUUCUACCAGUCCGGGGGCAAGCUCCGCCGGCCCGUCAAUGUCUCCAUCGACGUGUUCGCCGACGAGAUCCGCUUCUACCAGCUGGGUGAGGAGGCCAUGGAGCGCUUCCGAGAGGACGAGGGCUUCAUCAAAGAGGAGGAGAAGCCCCUGCCCCGCAAUGAAUUCCAGCGCCAGGUCUGGCUCAUCUUUGAGUACCCCGAGAGCUCCAGCUCAGCCCGGGCCAUCGCCAUCGUCUCCGUGCUGGUCAUCCUCAUCUCCAUCAUCACCUUCUGCCUGGAGACCCUGCCCGAGUUCAGGGACGAGAGGGAGAUGCCCGUGCCCUUGCCCCCACAAGGCGGAGGUUUGAACGGCACUCCCGGGGACUCCCCACCCAUGCAGCCUGCCAGCAGCCUGGCUGACCCCUUCUUCAUCAUCGAGACCACCUGUGUGAUCUGGUUCACCUUCGAGCUCCUCGUGCGCUUCUUCGCCUGCCCCAGCAAGCCCGAGUUCUCCCGCAACAUCAUGAACAUCAUCGACAUCGUGGCCAUCAUCCCCUACUUCAUCACCCUGGGCACCGAGCUGGCCCACGAGCAGCAGCAGCCCGGGGCUGGCAGCAGCAAUGGGGGUGGGGGCCAGCAGCAAGCCAUGUCCCUGGCCAUCCUCAGAGUCAUCCGCCUGGUCAGGGUCUUCAGGAUCUUCAAGCUCUCCAGGCACUCCAAGGGGCUGCAGAUCUUGGGGCAGACGCUGAAAGCCAGCAUGAGGGAGCUGGGCCUCCUCAUCUUCUUCCUCUUCAUCGGGGUGAUCCUCUUCUCCAGCGCUGUCUACUUUGCUGAGGCCGAUGACCCUGAGUCUCAUUUCUCCAGCAUCCCUGAUGCUUUCUGGUGGGCAGUGGUAACCAUGACUACUGUGGGCUAUGGGGACAUGAGACCUGUCACUGUGGGGGGCAAAAUCGUGGGCUCCUUGUGUGCCAUCGCUGGUGUGCUCACCAUUGCCCUGCCUGUCCCUGUCAUCGUGUCCAACUUCAACUACUUCUACCACCGAGAGACUGACCACGAAGAGCAGGGUAUCCUCAAGGAUGAACACAGUAGCGCUCAGGGCAGCACUGUGGGGGGAGAAGGGAAGAGAAGAGCCAGUAAAAACUCUCUGGACAAAUCUGUUGUGCACUUGGAAAACAGUGAGGAGUUCAACAGUGGCACCUUAGAGAAAGCCAAUAUCAAAGCAAAAAGUAACGUAGAUCUCAGAAAAUCCCUCUAUGCUCUCUGUCUGGACACCAAUAGGGAAACAGACCUGUGAGGAGAGGAGACAGUAGGAGUUCAGAAGGAUUUUCUGGUGUCAGAAACUUGCUACUAUAAUUAUUCUUUUAGUACCAAUUAGUUUUUUAAGUCAGGCUGUAUUUUAUAAAUUGAUCACUGUCCUGAGCAGUCCUCCAGGAAUACAUGUUUUUAUGUUCUUUUUCCAUGACACAAAGGGUCACCUAUUUUUAAAAUAGACUAAGAAUAAGCUACGCUCCAUGAUGCAGGAGCUGGUAAAUUAUGACAGUGAAAAAUCUAAUUUGUAGAAACUUAUUUUAGCAAAUGGUCAUUGGUUUUGAAUGGGUAAUUUGUAACCAAUUCAAUUGCUCCGAGUUUAGUAUAAAGAAUUGGGGAAUGUGUGUGUGGAGAAUGAAUGGAUUGGGGAUGGGAGGGGGGAGGUUGAGGGGUUUUGUACUGUAGCUUCAAAUUGAAAUUAUUCAAAUAUAUUUUGUAUCUGUAUGACUGUAUUUAUGGUUGAAAGGAGAUUUCUUAUUCCUGUGAAAUAUGAUAUCAUUAAAGCACUAGGAACAUUAGCAGAUCAGCACUUUCUGAAUUUUCCACUAGUGAUCAGUACAGAUCUGGUUAUCUUGUAUGUGAAGUGAAUUUGGUGCUUUGAACCCUAGAGCAGAAAACUUCUGUUGUCAUUGAUAUGUUAGUUUCUUGUGAGCCUUAAAUUAUUAAAUAUUGUAGAUAUACUUCUUUAUAAGUAUUUUUAUUAGUUACCUUCCUGUUUCAGAGUUUCUAAGUAAUUCAGUCAUGUGCUUACUGGCCCCACUCAAAAAAAGUAUGUGCAGCUUUUUUUUUGCUUUUUUUUGCUUUUUUUUUGUGAUUUUACAGUUUUAUACUUUUGUUAUAUUUUUGAGACUGAAAGAAAAAAAAACCCACACUGUUGUUACUGUGUUGUUACUGGUUUCAAUCCAGUGCACCACAGAUCGAAAGUGGUCUGAACAGAUUUUCAAGUGCACAACAGAUCAAAACCAUGAGGGAGUGGAUAGGCAAAAUGAGAAGGUGGAAUAUUGAGUGCAAUAUCUGCAAAACUGCUCUCACUGUGCAAUUCCUUGAGCGUGUGUGUCAGUCACUUCAUGUAUGCACACACCAUUUGUGCACACAGUUCUGUGGUUUUAGUUCUCUCACACCAGGAGUGGAUGGCACUUGAGGAGUCGAACGGGGUGUGCCGUGCAGCUUGAAUAACCGUGGUGUGGCUUUUCUCUUGGACACGGAUGGAAGGCACCAUCUUUUCAUCAAAACACACCCCUGGCUUCUUUUAUUUCCAAACAAAACCUUCUCAGCCCUGUGGAUUUUACAGUUGAGGUGCUGUUGAGAGAUGAGUGACACAUUACCUUCAUGGAGAUCACAGCUUGCUCUGAAGACACCAAGUUGCAAAUUUAGCUCAGAGAGCUUUCUUACCAUUUCUCUUGCAAAGGACAUCUCUGUUUCCCCCUCCAACUCCUGUUGUAUUGCUGAAGGAUGUUCCACGCCUUUCCCACAUCCUGUGGCACAGCAGGAGUAGCAGAGAAGAGAAGGCUUGAUUGUCAACAUUGCUCCAGCAGCAUUUGUUGUCCUGAGGUGCUGACUCCAGUGGAAGAGAUUUUAGUGGAAGCUUCUCCUGCAGUGUGCUUCAUUUCAGGGCGACCUGGAGCUCAAGAGGAGCGGUGUUCUCCAGACAGCUCUCCACGUCUUCCCUACCACCAGCAAGCCACGAGACUGAGGCAGAAAUUCCAGUGUGGGGAGGGUGUGAGUCAUGAGAUGCAGCUUUUUGCAUGACACUCUCCUGAUUGCCUUCCUCCUGCAGACAAUGACCAUCAGGAAGACCCUGCUGCAGAUUCUGACACCAAACCAGCCUAUUCCUUGUUCUCAGGUCAUCUUGGGUUGGAAGCUGCUGAAAAACUUCCUUUUGGAUAAAUAACUGUGAUGUCCCCAUCAUCCCCAGAAUUGGAUUUCUUCACUGGGAUUGCUGAAACACUGCUGUGCUCUGAGGUUUCUCUCAUAGAGGAAUUGUUCACAACAGGAGUGAGAAAAGUUUAAAUGCUUUGGGGCUCACUCCCAGGCACAAGACUUUAUUAUUUGAGCUUUUGUUUGGAAAUAAAUUCAGUUCUUGUCAGAGAUUGGGCAUCUUCUCCCGUGGUUCUUACAUAUAAAACUUUCUCAUCUUUCUGGAAGAAGAUUCAAGUGUUUGUUCUUUUUCUUUUAUUGGCACUCAUCUUUGUUUAUUUAUUUUGUAUUCUUGAGAUGUGCUGCAUCUCUGGAGUUUGUAUUUCUACUGUUAGCAUAAAAAUGCUGUACAUACAAGUCUAGAAUGCAUCUGAAGAUUAGUCUGAUUUUUCAUGUGACUUUGACUUGAACAUUUUUCUGUUUAUGUUUAUAUUGCUAUUUCAAAUAUGUGCAUUACCUGUAUUCUUUAUGCCUUUUCCCCAUCUAUAACUCAAUAAAAUAAUGUCCCCAUUCUUC